ACCCAGUGCCCUUGUGACGCAACCUCCAACACCCAGCCACAGCACUGCAUCGGACUGCCCGAAUUGAGGCCAUCGAUCCAUCAAGUCACGCUCAAUUACUGUAGAUAAUACUAUACAAAUCGAUCUUCCAAACCAUGAAGCUGCCAACCCACUCUGAAGUUCACACUAAACAAUCCAAUCCCCAAUAUCCCUGAAAUUGUCGAUCACCAACCAAAAACACCACAAGGCACAGAACAUCCAAUCCAUACAAUUCACAAUGUCCGAUCGCCGCGGCAGACGACGCAGCGAUUACGACAACCGCGAUUACUACGAUGACCGCGAGUAUUAUGAUGACGGCGGCCACUACGGCAACCGGGACUCCUAUGAUGACUACGAGCCCCGUCCUCAUCACCCUCCCCGUCCUAAGCCGACCCGCCAACGCUCUCUCGGCCGCCAAGCUCUCGACAAGCUCCAAAGUGCGAUAGGGGGGCUCGUUUUGGACGACAAGCCCAACACCCGCCGCCCUCGCUCCCGUUCCCGAUCUCGGUCCAGCUCACGUUCGCGCUCCUCCUCAAGAAGAAGACACCAUUCCCGUUCCCCUCCAAGAAGAAGUCACCACGCCCGUUCGGGCCGGGACCACUCACGGGAUCGCUCGCGUGACCGCGGCGCAGACCGCUAUUACCCACCGUCCGCAUCGCGGCACCACCACAGCUCCUCACCGAGACAGCCGCGGCACCAUUCCCGCGGCCGCCGCAAUAGCACCUCCGGUGAUGGCCACCCGCCGGCGUCAGAACGGAGCCGCAGCCGCUGGCAGCGGGGCAUCAAAGCGGCCAUGGAAGCCGGCGCGGCCGAAGCCUUCCGGCUGCGCAAGGAGCCCGGCGCGUGGACGGGGGCCAAGGGCGGCCGCAUUGCCACCGCCGCGCUCAGCGCCGGCGUCAUUCGGGGUGCGGCCGAUCAUAGGAAGGACGAGGAACCUACGAGUAGCGGGAAGCUCGGGUCUCUUGCGUCGGCGGCCGGGGGGAUGAUGGUCAACCGGCUGGUUAACGGGUCGAGGAAAGAGGUUAGGAGGUGAUCACAUAUUUGGGCACGGUUCACGACAUGGUUGAUGAUACGAGAUAUGGCAUUUCCUUCGUAAAAGGACGUUGAUGAUACUCCUGGAAUUAGUUAUAGCGAGCUGGAUUUAAACAUGCAGAGUUGGAAGCGAGUUGGAAGCGCUCCUAGAUAAGACCGUUGGCAUAAUUACAAUACUUUUCUUUCUCACUUGCCCAAUUCCACAUCCCUCGCUCUCGCCCCAAACUCUUUUCACCAUGGUGAA